AUGGGACAAGAGAAGAACGUCAAGUGGGUGGAGGGCCUCCGUGGCAUCGCCUCGGUCAGCGUUAUCAUGACCCAUCUGGCCCGCGCCUGGUUCUACCAGUACUUUCUGGCCGCCGAUGCCGAGGGCGUGCCCCCAAGCUUCCUCCAGCUGCCCAUUAUGCGCAUCGUCCCCCAAGGCCGUAUCGGUGUCACCAUCUUCGGCUUCCUCACCGGCUUCGUUUGCGCGCUGAAGCCUCUGCGCCUCGCUCGUGCCGGAGAGCACCACAACGCUCUUACCGCCAUCGCUAAGUCUGCUUUCCGCCGCAUUCCUCGUCUUAUGCUUCCCGCAACCUUGGCCAUGACCAUCGCCUGGCUUCUGGCUCAAAUCGGCGCCUUCAACGUUGCCCACCGUUCCGACCAGGUCUGGAUCAGAGAGGCUAGCCCUCACGGUGACGAUUCCCUUUUCGGCGCCUUUGCCUCGCUCUGGCAGAACUUCCGCAGUGUCUGGACGAACGGCUUCAUGGCCUACGAUGACCAUCAGUGGGCCAUCCUACCUCUGCUCAAGGAGAGUAUGCAGGCGUUCGUCACUCUCUCCGCGACCAUCUACCUCAGCUACAAGUACCGCAUGAUGGUUUACGGAGCCAUGUUUUGCUACUGCUACCAGUCUGAUAGGCAACUCAUGGAAACUUUCGGCCAGCAACUCUACUUUGCCAUGUUCCUUUGCGACCUUUCCCUCCAGCCUUCGGGUCAGGCGUUCAUGUCGAACCACCGCUUCGCCCUGAACGUCGCCUCUCCAUUCCUUGUUAUUCUUGGUCUUUACUUGGCAUCCUACCCCAUCGAAGGUGCCGAGUGGCUCACCUGGUCGCGCCAGCUCAUGGACUUGUCCGAGUGGAUCUUCCCCGAGGGCGUCGACAUUCCCCGCCGCUAUACCGCGCUCGGACUUGACAUCACCAUCAUCGGCCUUUUCUUUUCGUCCGCCGCUAAGGAGAUCCUAUCCAACAAAUAUUUCAUGUGGCUCGGUAAGAACAGCUUUGCUGUCUACCUCACCCACGGUACGCUCCUGCGCACUGUUCUCGUCUGGAUGCUCUACGGAGUCGCGCACCCGCCGUUCAACGAGGUCAAGGAUGAGGAGGGCAACGUCAUUGGUGACUGGUUGCCCCCGCCCGGCCCCUGGUCCUUCCUCAUCGCCGUCCCCAUCUGGAUCGUCAUCGUGUACGCCGUGGCGCAUGUCUGGACAACGUACGUCGACUCAUACUGCGCAGGCUUGACGGCGCGCAUCGAGAAAAAGGUCUUCGAGGAGGAAGAGAAGAAACAGAUUGAGCUGGUCUAA